AUGACGGAACACAGCGAGGCCGACGAGUCGUCCAAAGCCACCCAUGAAACUAGUACUUCGAAUAACAGCUCCCCCUCAAAAAGUAAGCCCACUGCACCCAGCUCCGAUGCGCCGGCAAAGACAUCGAAAAAGCGUAGAAAGGUCAAUCAUGCAUGCAUCUACUGCAGACGUUCGCACAUGACCUGUGACCUUCGAAACAUUGGACAUCUGUGUCACGACGAGCCACGUGAGGGUGUGAAGAAAUCCAAAUCGGAACCAGAGAACGGUGAUAGACAAAGCCAGCCCCCUCAAAUCGAACCAACAACGUCCGAUGUCGCUGCAACCGCUGCGCCUCAGCCGGCGAAUGCUCCGGAUGCAGGGCUAGGCAUGGGACCGCAUCAACUUGCCCCUGAUGGAGAUGCCAGCACGGCAUCAGUCACCCAGCCGGACCCUGUUUCAGCGCCACAGUUGCCUGCUUUGACGUCUGGUAGUCAGCCCUUUGUAAUCAUCAUUGACAUGGCUGAAGUUGGAAACUAUGAUGACAUGCUCUCGUCGUCCCAAAAUAAUUACCCAGACAUGCACCAGUUCCACCCAGCAUAUAUGUUCAAUGCCUCCGAGGUUAGCAAUGAGUACAAUCUUCUCAACGACUUCCUCAACAACAGCCUCAUGGAUGACGGUGCGUUUUACGGAAGCAAUGACUUUCAGAGUCUCUUCACCGAUGCUGCUCUUAUGAACUCCAUGGGUUCACUCAACAACAACUCUACUUACAAUUCCAAUCCAUUGAGGCCACCCCAAUUACUUCCGCCCCCUGCUCAAAAUGUUGCCGGUAAUCCAACACAAAGAUCGGGCGGGGGACCUAUCGACAAGGCAAGAGAGAGAUAUCUUAUUACAGCGGCCGAUCCUGCUGGAAACGACAGCCCUGAAGAGCGCAUGAACAAGCUUCUAAAGGCCAAAGUUGAUGCAGGACUUCUGAAACCCUUCAACUAUGUCAAGGGAUAUGCGCGGCUGAAUCAGUACAUGGAGCAGAACCUACAGCAGAUAUCUCGUGUCCGAGUGUUGCGCCAGCUGGACCGCUUUCGCCCAAAGUUUCGAGAGCGAAUGCAAAGUCUGACUGAUGUGGAUCUCGUACGCAUAGAGAUGUGGUUCGACAAGAGCUUGAUGGAGUACGACCGCGUCUUCGCGAGUAUGGCUAUACCCGCAUGCUGCUGGCGAAGAACAGGCGAGAUAUACCGGGGUAACAAGGAGAUGGCACGGCUCAUCCACGUGCCGAUGUCGAAGUUGCGAGACGGUAAUAUCGCUCUGCACGAGAUCAUCGCCGAGCCUUCACUAGUUUCCUACUGGGAGAAGUUUGGUGCCAUCGCCUUUGAUCACACUCAGAAAGCGAUUCUGACAAGUUGCUCUUUGAAGAAUCCAGACCCAAACUCUAAAGAUCCCGAGAUACGAUGCUGCUUUUCCUUUACCGUGAAGCGCGACGCGUGGAACAUACCGGCGUUGAUUGUGGGAAACUUCCUUCCCAUCACAGAGGCUACAUCCGGUCCGCUGCCGGCUUCAUAA